AUGGCGAGUAAUCAAAAGAAAGGUGCUGAUCCUAGACGAGCUUCUUUAACGACUGAAUCUAGUCGUAAUAAAAAAAAUGUUCAUCCUCAUGAAACAUGUAAUAUGCGUCAUUUUAUGAAACAACAUCCAUUAUUAUCACAAGUUUUACAUGAAGAUGGCAUUUUGUUUGAAUGUGAUGGUCAAGCUCCUGCACCAUCAAAAGAUUAUGGUCAAUUACAAAUUACUCUGGAUAAAGUUAUUCUUCGUUGGUGGAAAAUAACACUUCGAAAUAUUGAUGGUUCAAUGUAUCCAGGUGAAAUAAAAGAAUCAUAUGAAGAUUUUUAUGAUGAUGAAGUUGCUCAACGUGAAAUAUGGCGUAUAUUUGGUCAAAAUACACUUGAUUAUUGUGUAAAUCUAGUUCGUGGUAAAUAUGAUUGGUUAACACGUCUUCCACCAAAUAUUCAAAUACAUAUUCUUUCAUUUGUAAAUCUUGAUGAUAUUCCACAAAUAUCAUUAGUAUCAAAAUCACUUCGUUCAUUAUGUCGUAAUAAUGAUCUUUGGCAAAUAUUUUAUAUAGAUCAUUAUGGACGGCAUGCUUUAGAAAAUAAAGAUUUAAUUCAUUUAGCUGAACGACGUGGUUGGCGUCAUGUAUUUUUUACAAAUCGUUUGAAAUUACAAAUGCAAAUGCGUCGUGCAUCUCAACUUGAACGUUAUCAUCCAGAAGAUCCAUCAGAUUUUGUUAGAGCACGAGAACGUCGUGCUCAAUUACAACCAAGUCCACCAAUAACAUCAAGACAACAAGAACGUUAUAUUCAGCCGUCCCUGCGACGUCAUUCAUUUGCAACACGUAAAGAACCACCAUUAUAUUCACCUCGUACAUCACUAAUACCUGAUGAAGAAGAAUCUCCUCGUACAGCUCGAUCAUAUCUUACCGAAGUGAAUCAAUCACCAAGAAUACGACGACCACCAUCACCUUCUUCAUCGGUACGAUCUAAUGCAGGUAGUGUAGCUUCGACAUCGUCGGCUCAACCACCUGUAAAAUCAACUCGUGGAUUAUCCACUCGCCAUUGA